AGAAGACCCGUCCCAGUAAUGGGCGUGAUUCACACAACGUGUGUGUUAGUGUGUCCAUAAACUCGUCAGCACAGGUUACAUUCAGACCCUCAAACAGACUGCAGAAAUGGAUCAAGAACAAAUGGGUCCCCAGAUCUUCCUGUACGGCUGUGAGCUCAAGGCAGGAAAAGAUGUCAUUUUUAACCCAGAGCAUGACGAUUUUGAUCAUCAGUUAUCAGUCAGAAUGGCCUGCGUUGAUCCCUCAACAAAAGAUGAACUGAAUGUUGUGGAGAUUGAAGGACUGGACUUAGAGGGUCAGAAGGUCAAAGCAGUGCUGGCCACGCUCAAACCUUCCACUUUUCCCAGUGUGUGUUUGGGCGGGCUUGAGAUCACUCCACCUGUAGUGUUCAGACUACGCACUGGUUCUGGUCCAGUUCACAUUAGUGGACAGCAUCUUGUUAUCAUGGGAGGGGAUCAGUCUUUUGACGAGGAGGAGGAGGAGGAAGAAGAAGAAGAGGAGGAGGAGGAGGAAGAAGAAGAGUUAAAGACUACUAAGAAGCGGCCAGCACCUUUGACCCUGAAGCCUUCAAAAAAAAUGAAGAUGGAUGAUGAGGAGGAUGAUGAAGAGGAUGAAAUUGAGGAUGAGGAAGAUGAGGAGGAGGAAAGUGAAGAAGAGACACCUGUUAAGGAAAAGAAGCAACCAUCCAAACCACAGACCCCAGCACAGAAUGGAAAAGGAACCAAGCCCAGUACACCAGCUGCUAAACAAAACAAAACUCCAGAUAAAAACAAAAAGGGGGACAAGAAAGCACAGUCACCCAAAACACCACAGACCCCUCGAACACCACUCACAAUACAGGAGAUGAAGACCAAGAUGAUGGAGAGUGUUGAAAAGGGUGUAUCACUACCAAAACUACAGCUGAAGUUCGAGAACUAUGUUAGGAACAGCUUCAAAAACAACGAUGCAAAGGUCAUUGAGGAGCUGUGGAAGUGGAGACAAACUGUCAAAGAGAAGAACUAAAUAACCUUUUAUUUUGCUUAAAUUAUUAGGUUAAUUUCCCCCUUUCUUGUUACCCAUGAUUUUACUUGUUGCCUGUAAUUUUAUGUUUGUCCCCCAUCCUCUUGAGUUAUGUGAAAUCUGUGCCAUUCCUUUUAAAACAGACUUUAUUCAGUAAGUGACCUCUUUCAUUCUUUGCAAUCUGCCCUCACCUUAAUCCUGUAGUGUUGUCAUGUCCAUGGAACCUGGCCUUAAUUUGACCAUCUAAUCGGUCAAAUGAGACACUCUGAACACAGUCUCUCAGCCCUCUACUGUAAUUUUUAUUGGGCUUUGUUGACUGCACCCGUCCUUGGUUUAUUUAAAAUGACAUGGAAAUGUUUUCGAGUGAUCUUUCUUUAGAACACAAAGAAGUUAAUUUACUCGAAUCUUGUAAAGCUUGACCUGGUUUAUAAUACAUAAUUAGUGGGUUCCUGAAUGGUUUCAAUGAAUCAUUGAUCGUGUAUUUCAGCAGUUGACAUUGUUUUGUAAUGUUAAAAUGCUGUUUGAAUGUUUUGAUGUUUGGAAUUGAUUUGUGUACUCCAAAUCCAAAUGUCAACCAUGUAUUUUGUAGUUUAUAUCAAGGUUUGUGCAGCCAAAUCUUGGCAAUAAAACCAAAACUCUUAAGCUUUGAUUAAAAUUCA